AUGGCAACAGCAGUGGCGGCUUCGUCAGUGCCUCAACCGGCUACUAGCAGUAAUGCGACCGGAUCCACUAAACUUAGUGGCCAAAAGUCGAAUGCCGAGAGUGGCGUGGUUCCUUUUUUUGCACAAAAAAUUGAAGAAACCGAGUUUCAAAUCAAUGAAAAGACCCAGAACUUGAGACGUCUCGAGGCCCAGCGCAACGCACUUAAUGCCAAAGUGCGUCUAUUGAAGGAAGAACUUCAACUGUUACAAGAACCUGGGUCAUAUGUUGGAGAAGUGGUUAAAGUCAUGGGAAAGGAAAAAGUUCUUGUUAAAGUCCAUCCCGAGGGGAAAUACGUGGUUGAUAUCGCGUCGGAUAUCGAUAUUAAAAAGAUCACUCCCAGUCUUCGAGUGUGUCUGCGAUCCGAUUCGUACCAAUUACACCAGAUCUUGCCUAAUAAAGUGGAUCCUCUGGUGUCUUUGAUGAUGGUGGAAAAGGUUCCUGACAGUACUUUUGACAUGGUCGGUGGUUUAGAUAAACAGAUCAAGGAGAUUAAAGAGGUCAUUGAACUGCCUGUUAAGCAUCCUGAACUUUUUGAGUCACUUGGAAUUGCCCAACCUAAAGGUGUAAUUCUGUAUGGACCUCCUGGUACCGGAAAGACUCUGUUGGCCCGUGCUGUGGCCCAUCAUACCGAAUGUAAAUUUAUUCGUGUCAGCGGUUCCGAGCUGGUACAAAAGUAUAUCGGUGAGGGUUCGAGAAUGGUCCGUGAGUUGUUUGUUAUGGCCCGUGAGCAUGCUCCCAGUAUUAUUUUCAUGGACGAGAUCGAUUCCAUUGGAUCCAGUCGUGUAGAGGGUUCGAGCGGUGGUGAUUCCGAAGUACAAAGAACCAUGUUGGAGUUAUUAAACCAGUUGGACGGAUUCGAGUCUUCUAAAGAUAUCAAGAUCAUUAUGGCCACCAAUCGUCUGGAUAUUCUAGAUCCUGCUCUGUUAAGGCCUGGUCGUAUCGACCGUAAAAUCGAGUUCCCUCCACCCACUGUUGAGGCCCGUACCGAUAUUCUGCGGAUCCACUCGCGAUCUAUGAACCUGACCCGUGGCAUCAAUCUCCGCAAGAUUGCCGAGAAAAUGAACGGCUGCUCCGGUGCCGAAGUCAAGGGUGUCUGUACCGAAGCCGACAUCGGGACACCUAAUCCAUUAGCGCUGUUCAUAACAGCAGCAGAAGAAGCACCAAGAGGUCGGUUCGAUGUAUGUUUAACAGAAACUCCAUUUGGAGACGAAGCUGCUGUCGAUAAAUCAUCAUCCAUUGCCACCAUUGCAAGACGUUGUCGUUUUGAUGGCCGAGCUGAUGCCAUUGGAGUGGAACUCCGUGACGCGCCAGGAGCUGGUGAACCCCGUUUCCUGUCUGAUCCCGAUAUUCCAGCAGUAAUAGCAGUUGAAGAAGCCAUUCUAGAACUGGCAAGAGCACCACUUCUGCCACUAGUAGCGCCAGGUCCAUGUGUCGACUCUCUACCAGCCGGAACCGACCCCUGUCUGGUCGACGGAGCCGAGUCGGUAUUAUACGAGGAAUACAGACCAUUUGAUGCCGAUGGCGAUGCUGGUGCUAGAAGUCCUUCUUCCUCGAGUUUCUUAAUAUCGUCGUUCAGUUUCUUGACCUGUUUGGAAAUAAUAUAA